AUGAGGGCACCACUGCAGACCAUGAUGUGCCUGGGGUUGUGGGCAGCUGCCCUGCUCUGCUUGUUUUCCCCUGGCACCGUGCGAGGUGACUGCUGGCUGAUUGAGGGGGACAAAGGUUACGUGUGGCUGGCCAUCUGCAGCCAGAACCAGCCCCCGUAUGAGACCAUCCCCCAGCAUAUCAACAGCACGGUGCAUGACUUGCGUCUGAACGAGAAUAAGCUCAAAGUGGUGCUCUACUCCUCCCUCAACCGCUUUGGCAACCUGACUGAUUUGAACCUGACCAAGAAUGAGAUUUCCUAUAUCGAGGAUGGGGCUUUCAUGGGCCAGUCAAACCUCCAGGUCUUACAGCUGGGCUACAACAAACUCACCAACCUGACAGAGGGCAUGUUGCGGGGCAUGGCUCGUCUUCAGUUCCUCUUUGUGCAGCACAAUCUCAUUGAGCUGGUCACCCCUACUGCCUUCUCCGAGUGCCCCAGCUUGAUUAGCAUUGACCUGUCAUCUAACCGUCUCAGUCGCCUGGAGGGGAACACUUUCACCAGCUUGAGCAAUUUGAUGGUGUGCGAGCUGGCUGGCAACCCCUUCAACUGUGACUGCAGCCUCUACAGCUUUCUUAACUGGCUGGCAGUCUUCAACAAUGUCACCAAGAACUAUGACCGGCUCCAAUGUGAGACUCCUCGGGAGUUUGCUGGGUACCCACUCCUGGUACCUCGGCCUCACCACAAUCGCAAUGCCAUCACCAUCUUCCAGUCCAUGUGCAGAGGUGGCACCAUUCCCUCCCUCUCCAGGGUCAACCCCACCCCUUAUACCCCUGACUCCCAGCGAGACCUGGAUGAGGGCUCAGCCAUCAGCCCUGGGGACUUCCUCUCAGUCAAGCCUCCAGCCUCCUCCACCACUGACUCCUCUUUCAGUCCCAGCAUCAAGCUCCAUGAUGUCACCAUCACCUCAGCUAUCCUGAUGGUAACCAUCCCCAUGCCUUACAGUAAGAUGUAUGUGCUGGUCCAGUACAACAACAGCUACGUUUCUGACAUAGCAACACUGAAGAGCAAGAAGGAAUAUGUCACUGUCAACAAGCUGAAGGCCCACACUGAUUAUACUUUCUGUGUGGCCUCCAUCCGCAACAACAGGCGCUACAACCACACUUGCCUGACCUUUGCAACCCGGAGCAAAGGCAGGGAAGACCCUAUUUCCAGUACUUCCACCACCACACACUAUAUCAUGACCACCCUGGGUUGCCUCUUUGGGAUGGUCAUUGUCCUGGGGGUGGUGUACUACUGCCUGCGAAAGCGGAGGAUGCAGGAGGAGAAACAGAAGUCACUCAAUGUCAAAAAGACCAUCCUGGAAAUGCGUUAUGGAUCAGAUAUUGACACCAGUACCAUGGUCCAUCCUUCCCAGAAGCUGGGUGAGCCACCAGUCAUCCCUGUCUCACGGAUGUCCUCCAUCCCUUCCAUGAUUGGGGAGAAGUUGCCCCCAUCAAAGUCAAUGGAAGCUGGUAUGGAGACUCCUAAAGUUACCACUAAAGGUAACUACAUUGAGGUGCGAACUGGUGGUGGGGAUGGGCUGGAGCGAACCCAGCGGGAUGAGGACCUGAGGGAGCUUGACAAUGGACAAGGCUCAGCUGCUGAGAUCUCUACUAUAGCCAAGGAGGUAGACAAGGUCAAUCAGAUCAUCAACAACUGCAUUGAUGCCCUCAAGCUGGACACAGCCUCCUUCCUGGGUGGUGGGACUGGUGUUGACUCAGACAUGGCCUUUGAGUGCCAGUCCAUCCCAGCCAGUUCCUCAGGUGGGCUAGAGCGGCCCAGCUUUCUUUCCCCACCCUACAAGGAGAGCUCCCACCACCCUUUGCAGCGCCAGCUCAGUGCUGAUGCUGCCAUGGCCAGAAAGACCUGCAGUGUCUCCUCUAGUGGUUCCAUCAAGAGCGCCAAGGUCUUCAGCUUGGAUGUGCCUGACCAUCCACCGCUCAGCAAGUCUGACUCCAAAUACAUUGAGAAGGGCAGCCCACUCAAUAGCCCUUUGGAUCGUCUUCCCUUGGUGUCCCCGGGCACCAUCCACCACUUGGAGGUCAAGCCUUCUUACCAUUGCAGUGAGCACCGUCACUCCUUCCCGGCCCUGUAUUAUGAAGAAAGUGCUGACACCUUGAGCCAGCGGGUGUCGUUCCUCAAGCCACUCUCCCGGUCCAAGCGAGACUCCACGUACUCCCAGCUCUCCCCCAGACACUACUUCUCAGGCUACUCCUCCAGCCCUGAGUACUCAUCAGAGAGCACCCAUAAGAUCUGGGAGCGUUUCCGGCCUUACAAGAAGCACCACAGGGAGGAGGUUUACAUGGCGGCUGGGCAUGCCCUGCGGAAGAAAGUUCAGUUUGCCAAGGAUGAGGAUCUGCAUGACAUCCUGGAUUACUGGAAAGGAGUCUCUGCUCAGCAGAAGCUGUGACUCUCCCUCACUUUUUCCAAGGAAAGAAUACAAAACAGGACCCCCACCUCCCAACAACCAGAAAAAAAAAAUGCCACUUGACUGUGAAAAAUAAACCACCAACAAAAUACUCCCGACAAAUACAAAACUGACAAAAUUGUUUCUUAAAGUUUACAACAGAAAACUCUCUCACACACAGACACACACAGACACACACAUGCUGAAUUGUCUCUACUGUGUUAUGGGGACCAUUGUUCUGCCUGCAGAUGGUUGGGAGGAGCGUCCUUCUCCAACACUGUGGUAACAACACUGGAGUGCGG